AUGACUUCAUUAUCAUCAUUUUCAUUUUUGCUCACCAUACUCUUUAGUAUUGUCAUCGCAAUCAACUUUAUUGCUGACGUUCAAUUAUUAGAAUUUGAAGUUGAAGAAGAACAAUCGGUCAUAUGGCUUUUAGAUCAAUACCAAGCACCUGUAGAGGUAUCAAGAACUAAUUCAAGUUCUUGGUGUACUAUUAAUAAUUCAUCGUUGAUUACAUUGAAUUGUGAUCGUAGUACAAACAAUCUUCAUAUAACUUAUUUUUCAUUUUAUCAAAAAAAGGAUACAUUCCAUUUAAGUGGUCCAUUAAAUAGUAGCUUAACAUCGUUUUAUUUCCCAAUGAUGACAGAUUUUGUUAUUAUGACUUCCUAUCGUAAUGUCACCAAUUCAUCAAUCAAUAUUCUUUCAAUGUUUGGUAAUGUAAACUCUGUAAAAACAAUGUUAAUUGAUGACAAGUAUACUGUUGGUUCUAUACCGGAUGAAUUUGCAAUUAACAAACCAAACCUAUCAAGUUUUUCAAUUGUUAAUUAUAAUUUCACAACAAUACCUCAAUCACUUAUGAAUUUAUAUGCUGAUGUACAAAUAUUCACAUAUUCUCAAACAUUUGGGACCAUUAAUAAAUUGGGUGAUGAUGGAGUACCUUCAAAUUGGCGUGCCAUGACCAUUUCAUUGGCAAGUCAAGACGCAGUAUGGAAACUAAACACUGAUAAAUUCCCAAAGCUUACUGGUCAACUUCGUUUAGUAUCAAAAAAUAAUCCAAUUAAUUUAGAAAUUGAUCUUCCUAUGGAUUAUAUAUCAUUAGAUUUAUCAGCUUCAACAAAUCAAAACCCAUAUAACAUUACAUUAAAAUCAUGUGCCAAGUUAAAUUCAAUCCAAUUGGUUGGCGAUUCACCGUUUUCAUUUGCAUCAUAUGAUUUUUCAGUGUGUCCUCUAUUCGAUCGAAUUGAUGCAAGAGGAGAUUACUCAUUCUUCCCAACCAAAUACCCAUCGAAUAAUCCAAUGUACCUCAGUUAUGCUGGUUCUUCUUUUACCACCUUUCCAAACAUCCCACCAAAUAUUACAAAUAUACUUAAUUUUAAUACCAAUCAAAAAUUAAUAGGAUCUAUUCCAUCCAAUUUUGUACCACUUGACGGAUCAUCUAUCACCAUGUUACAAAAUCCAAAUGUUGUAGGAGCCAUCCCAAACUCAUUUUGCAGAUCUGGUUUUCUCAAUCUCUUGGACAACUUUACAAGUGCUCCAGAUUGUAUGCUUUGUUAUUGGAAUGUAAAGGGUAAUAUGGGAUUCCCAACUUCUAUUACACCUGAUCCAUCUUUUGUUUGUCCAUUCUCUAUUCAAGAUUCAACCAAACAAUAUAUAUCAUUGGAUGGAGAGACUAUUAUUGUUGAUGGAGUUAAUUUAGGUUGGGCAAAGAAUCAAUCUGAUAUUACUCCCGGUAUAUCCCCAAUUAUUCCAAAUACAAAAUUCUCUAUACCAAUUCAAGGUAAUUUAACAACAAAACAAGUUAUAUUUUCACAAUAUUAUGGGUACAAUGCAACAUUUAAUUAUUUAAAUGCUGGAGUAAACAUUAGAAACUUGUUUCCCAAGAUAAUAUUUACAUCAAUGUAUGGAGCUACCAAUAUAACCAUUGGACCAUUUAAAUUUGUUCCAAAUGUACCACUUUAUGUAGAAUUGGAUGGUGGAGCUGGUACUCAUAGAUGUUACAACAACACCUUUAAUCCGACAAUGGUUGAUUGUGUAACACCUGUCUUACCAUCACGAUUAUACUCUGUAAAGUUGAAAACAGACUAUACCAUUGCUUCUGUUGGAUUAGCAUUCUAUAGUUGGGAUGCACCAAUGAUUUAUGGUAUUUCACCGGUACAAGAUAUAGGUGGUAAUAUAACUAUAUUUGGUCGAUUUGGUGCGACCCCACUAACACCAAAAGUAAAGAUUGGACAAGUAAAUUGUUCGAUUCAAUCAAUCAACAGUACAUUUAUCAUUUGCUACGUUGAAAAUGGAAAACUUUCACCUGGUAUUCCUAGACUGUCAGUUGAUUUAAAUGGUGGAUACAUCUACUCUAUUGUUAUAGUUGUACAAAAGACAAAGGAGCAAAUUUGUAAUUGUCAAAAUGGAGCUAGUUGUGUGAACCAAAUAUGUUAUUGCAAGUCUGGAUUCUUUGGACCGACAUGUUCAUCAGUUGCCAGUCCAUCGGCCGAACCAUUAAACAGUGAUACUCCAAACAGCCAAAUCAAAGUAGGUGACACAGUCUACAGUUUUGCACUGAUUGGUGUGGAAGAGUUGGAUAUGGAUGGUCGAGUAGUCAAGAGUAUGUCGAUUAACAAGUGGAAUAUAACCAAUUCAACCAUACCAUCGGAUGGUUCAACCAACUAUAUCUACCAACCAGCCACCUUGGAACCACCAUUCAACUUGACUGGAUUCGUAUUGAAUGCAUCUUUGACUUAUUACCCCGAGGCAUCAAGUUACGAGUUUGCCAAUCAAGUCUACCCACUAUCACCCAAUUCUAUAAAAGUUGCAGUCAGAGUUGAUGCAUGGCCAUAUGAAACAACUUUGAAUACUCUCCGUCUCUUGUUUGUCACUCCUAUAGUCUCGCAACCCUACUCCAAUAAUUGUAAUGGCACAGACACAGACAGUACCAUUGUAUAUGGAGGUGAUGGAGCAUCUAUUUCCAACCUCCAAUUUCAUAUGCAUGGUACUAUAUUUUACGGUAGAUUCCUUCCAGUUGCUCUGUCGGAUGGUAGAGUUACAACGAUUGUCAAUAGACUAGUCAACAUUUCAUCGGACCAAAUUCCAGUUGCAACUAUCGGCAUUGAUCUACCAAAUUGUCGAUCGUGUCUAGUUGACCCAGACUUUUCAACUUUAAUUGGUGGAUCAAAUACCAACGGUGAAUGCACCAACACCGACGACAACAUUGAUUCAAACACUUGGAAAAUCAUCGUUGGUUGUGUUGUAGGUGGUGCAGCAGUUGUAGCUAUCGUCAUUGGAACUCUCUUCUAUAUGAGACGUAAAGCAAACUUUAAGAUUAUGAAUCAUAAUGUAAAGAUGAGACUUCAAAGAUCUUUUACAAGUAAAUCCUCAAGACAAUAA